CUUUUGCAGUUGAAGAAAAAGUCUUUCUUCAUUUUUUCAAAAAAAUGGUCUCUCUGUGUUUUUUCACACAGCUCCAGUUCUUUUCUUCUUCAGAAGAAAGCUUUUAAUAUUUUCUUUUCAAAAUUAUGAUUUGAAAUUUUUUUUUUUCAAAAAAAAAAAAAAUCAUUAAGCAAAGCAAAAGGGUGUUUUGUGCAAUAAUUUUUUUUUUUUGGCUGGAUCGAAGAACUCGAUAAUGGCAAUUGAUGAAGCUCUAGAGGGGUCCAUGGUGAAAGCAGCUUUUUGGGUUUCAAGGCAUUUUUUUGUGGAUUAAGAACAUUCAUUAAGUUAUAAAUUUGUUAUUAUGCACGUUGAUUCAUCGUGUAUUUUACUGAUUUAAUUGUACUGGUAUAAGUAGAACUUUGAAGGAUCUGUAUUUGCUGAGGUUGGGGUUCUUGAAGACAAAACUAUGUGCUAUUUCUUUAACGGAUUGAAGAGAGUUUUUAACCGUUCAGAACUUGGGCUCUCUUCAUCAUCAGUCUUUCAGAAUCUGACUGAAAGGAAUAGUCCCAAUGAGCAUUGAAGGUGAUGAUGGGGACAAAGAGUCGCGGGAACUAAAUUCCUCUUUGCUAGAUGGGAAGAAUACAGUCAAGGAUGGGGUUGUGAUGGGUGAGGCACAAGGUGUACUCAAGGAAGGUAAGUUGAAAAGUGAUGGAAUAUCCGAAGAUGUGAAGGAUGGGCAAGUGGGGGUUUUCCAAGUACAUGCUGCUCCGCAAAUGCCUCAGCAACAGAGUCAAGGGUCAAUGGUUUGUUGGGAGAGGUUUCUACAUGUUAGAUCACUUAAGGUUUUGCUUGUGGAAAAUGAUGAUUGUACUCGCCAUGUUGUUGCUGCACUGCUUCGCAAUUGCGGUUAUGAAGUUAUAGAGGCAGCAGAUGUAUUACAAGCAUGGAAGAUACUAGAAGAUUUAAGAAAUCAUAUUGAUCUUGUCUUAACUGAGGCAGUCAUGCCUUACUUAUCUGGCAUUGGUCUUUUAUGCAAGAUUAUGAGCCACAAAACACGCCCGAACUUACCUGUGAUUAUGAUGUCAUCCUAUGCUUCAAUGAGUUUAGUGUUUAAGUGCUUGUCCAAGGGUGCUGUUGACUUUCUAGUCAAGCCUAUACGAAAGAAUGAGCUUAAGAACCUUUGGCAGCAUGUUUGGAGGAGAUGUCAAAGUUCUAGUGGCAGUGGGAGUGAGAGUGGUUCACAGACUCAAAGUUCUGGAAAAUCAAGAAGUGUUGAAAAGUGUGUAAACAACUCUUGCUGCAAUGAUGAGGAUGAUAGUGAGAGUAUUGGUUUAGAUGUUGGAGGUGGAAGUGACAUUGGGAGUGGCACUCAGAGCUCUUGGACAAAACGAGCUGUAGAAGUUGACAGUCCUCAACCAGAUUCUCCAUACAAUCAAAUGGUGGAGUGUCCUGAUAGUACUUGUGCCCAAGUUGAUAUUACUUGUGCCCAAGACGUCCGCUCAAAUGCUGAAACAUCUGGUAACAAAUUGGUUCCUGUGGCCAAAACAAGGAAGCUCCAAAAAAAGAAGGAAGAAUGUGGUAUACCUGAAGACAAUGCUCCAACUGGUAACAGCUUGGAAAUGGGUGUGCCUAGAAAUCUAGGUAUGCAACUUGAGUUCCUGAGGAGUGAUCUGCUUGAGAUAAGCUCUAGUAAAUUGACUGAGCAAAUUAGUAAGGAACAGCUAAACCUCAAUUGUGAGAGUCCAUCCAUCAAGCUAAAGAACGAACAUGCUACUCUGACAGGUGAUGUUACCAUUACUACUCAGUCUCAGAUGGACAGCAUGGAGUUUGAAGCUCCAAAUAGGAAUUCCAAGAUCUCAGACAUCAACAAUAAAGCCAAUAAUGAUACAGAAGAACUUCCAUCUCUUGAGCUCAGUUUAAAGAGACCUCGAGUAGUUAAAGACACAGGGACAGAAGUUCAAGAUGGCCAAUAUAUUUUGAGGCAGUCAGACCUUUCAGCCUUCUCAAGGUACAGAGCCAUCUCAAAUACUAACAAGGCUCAUCCUAGAAACGUUGGAAGCAGCUCUCCACAUGGAAUUUGCUUAGAUGUUACCACGAAAGAAUCGUUGCAUGAUAUUCAAUUCCAUUCAGGUGGCAAUCCUCCCAAUCAGUUCUCAAAUGUGGGUAGCAAUAACAUUGAUAUGGGCUCUGCGAUUAAUACUGCUUUUGCCAAGUCACUAAUAAAAACGUCAUCUAUAUUAAGCUCGGUCAAACAUUUGCACCCAUCUGAUUUCCAUUCCAUGAAAGAGGGCCCGAUAUAUGCUCCUACAGCAGUGCUGGCUCAAUCAAAAGGCACACACAAGGAGCUCCAAAAUGAGCACCUUUAUCACCAUAAGAAUCACCACCACCAUCUUGUGCACAACAUGCAACAACAGUGGCCAACUGACCACAAUGACUUGUCCUUGAAGAAAAUGGCUGCAGCUGCUCCACACCAUGGCUCAUCCACUGUGUUGGGUGGGCCUGAAGGUAACACUGCCAACUAUGAUGUUGAUGGAAGUUCCUUAAGCAAUGGACAAAAUGGAAGCAGCUUAGCAGUUGAAGCUGAAGGGACAGAUUUAGAAAGUGAUGGUGGAAUUUCUGGGAACAGUGGCAGGGGAGGUCCUAGUGGGAGUGGAAACACAGUAGGCCACAACAAAUUUGAACAGAGAGAAGCUGCCUUGACUAAGUUUCAUUGGAAGAGAAAAGAGAGAUGUUUCCGGAAAAAGGUUCAAUACCAAAGUAGAAAGAGACAUGCUGAACAGUGACCUCUCAUUCAGAGACAAUUUGUGCAGCAAACGGUGAAUGAAAACACAAGCAAGACAACUGAUGGUUAAUUUAAUGCUUUUCCUGUUUAGAAAAAAAAAUGCUUUUCCCAUUAUUGAUUAACAAUUAAUUACAACUGUGACAAGCAGUCUACACUCAAGGAUGGGAGGUCAUUUAGGUAAAUCUUGACUUUUUAUUUUUUGGCUUAUUGCUGUGGACAUUAAUUGCUACUUCUAGAAGAGUGCUCUUACUUGCCUUCUGCAGGGAAAAGAGUCUUCUUUUGUGUGGUUCUAUUAUGGUUUCAAUUGGGUAUUUGGAAAACUUUUUACCCUUCUACAUUUCAUUUUCAAAAGCUC